AUGAAGUUCUCGGCUACCCUUCUGUUCUGCGCUAGCACCCUUAUUGCUGCUGCUACCAUUGCACCUCUGGCUCCUCGUGGUAACCAGACAAAGAUCAUCAAUGGUUUCCAGGUUACAGACCUUGUUAACGAUGCCGGUGACGAGCUCCUGCUCUUUAAGGAUCUAACCAACUCCUCUUGGCCUGGUGAUACAAGUACCAGUACCAAUGGUGUCACUCUCUAUUCUGGAGCCAUCAAGGCUUGGACGUCUUCGGAUGUGGCAGCUGUGUCUCAGACAUCCUACAACUACCUCGAGAAGCAAGCGAAGUUGGCAAACAUCGCCUACUGCGGAGGCUCUUCGCUGCUCACUGCGCCCUUUACCUGUGCCUACCAGUGCAAGGAAUUUCCCAACAUGAAGCUGGUCUCCACAUGGGGAGACUCCCGAACUCUUUCUGCCCUGGUUGCUGGAUACCUAUCUAUCGACCAUACCGAUAAGGAGAUUGUGGUUGGUUUCCGAGGGUCCCAUACUCUCAAGGAUUGGAUCGUUGAUCUCAUGGUGCUCCGAAAGGCUGUUGAUGACUCCUAUCCAGGUUGCGACAACUGUCGUGUCCACCAUGGUUUCUAUAGCGCUUACAAAGCCACUCUCGCAAGGUUUGACAAUGACCUGAAGAAGCUUGUUGCUGAGAACCCUGGCUACCGAGUCAGCGUUGUUGGUCACUCUCUUGGUGGAGCCGUUGCUCUUCUGGCUGCCACUGAUUUCAAGAACCGAGGAUACGACACCUACCUUACCACUUUCGGUCAACCCGUUGUUGGAAACACUGGUUUCGCCAACUACGUAGAUGAUCUUUGGUUUGGAUCUGAAACCCCUAACACUCUAAGUGGUGACUCUAGUCGACGAUACUACCGAGUUACUCAUAAGAGCGAUGUUGUCCCUCGAGUGCCCUUUUGGCCGGGUUACACCCCCAACGCCGGUGAGGUUUACAUUAGUGUGGCUGAGAUCAACCCCCCUGUCUCUGCUCUGAGAUACUGCGACGGUGAGGUCAACGAUCAGUGUCUUCAUGGAAACAGUCUACUUUCCCUAAUCAACCUGACCGCCCAUCACAACUACUUCAUAUACAUUGGUGGAGACUGUUAA